AUGAAGGGGUUGUAUCUUAAUGGUAAGAUUUUGGAUGCACUCUACAUUUAUGGUAAAAUAGUUGCAAAAGGAUUUUGGUUUGAUGAAGUUAUGUACGAAACCUUAAUCAAUGGGCUGUGUAAGUCUGGAGAAACAAGAGUUGCUCUCCAAAGGCUUUGGAAAAUGGAGGGUCAGUUUGUUAAGGCAAAUUUUGUAAUGUACAAUAUUGUUGUUGAUGGUUUGUGCAAAGGUGGACUUUUGAAUGAUGCACUGGAUUUAUAUUUUAAUAUGCUUGGUCGAGGAAUUUCCCCUGAUAUUAAAGAAGCUGGAUUAUUGCUGAAUGAGAUUUUUGUUAAAGACAUCAGCCUAGAUGUGUAUACCUUUAACAUAAUAAUUGAUGCAUUAUGCAAAGAAGAGAUGCUAUUACAAGUCCACGAUUUGUGCGAUGUGAUGAUUCUAAGGGGCCAGCAACCAAACAUUAUUACUUACACAAUUUUGAUAAAUGGAUAUUGUUUGAACAAUAAAGUUGAUGAGGCAAGAAAAUUAUUUGAUAUGGUAAUUGAAAGGGGGGUUGUGCUUGAUGUUUGGAGUUAUAACAUCUUGAUUAAAGGUUAUUGCAAGAUUAACAGAGUGGAUGAGGCCAUGAAUUUUAGGAAAGAUAUGUUUCUUAAGAACAUAGUUCCAAACAUUGUAACUUACAAUUCUCUAGUUGAUAGCUUGUGCAAAGCUGGUAGAAUCUCAUCUGCAUGGGAGAUUGUUAAUGAAAUGCAUUAUUGCGGUCAACCAUUCCUUGAUGUAAACACUUAUAAUAUCCUUUUAGAUUUCGUGUGCAAAAACCAGCAUCUUGAUGAGGCAAUUGCAUUAUUUAAAAGUCUCAUCUAUGAAAGAAGUUUUGUUCCAAAUAUUUGGAGUUACAAUAUCUUGAUUAGUGGUUAUUACAAGAAUAAAAGAUUUGAUGAAGCCAUGAAGCUUUUCCUAUAUAUGUGUUCCAAGAAUUUGGAUCCAAAUAUUGAAACUUACAAUAUAUUGUUACAUGCAUUAUACGACAGGCAGCAACUUGGCAAGGCAAUUAUACUAUUAAACCAAAUUGUUGAUGAUGAUAUUUGUCCUAAUUUGUACACAUACAAAAUACUUAUAUAUGGUUUAUAG